GAGCGCCCGCCCACCCGGCGAGCCCGCGAGCCCAGGCCGCGGGGCCAUGGCCGAGCUCAAGUCGCUGUCGGGGGAGGCGUACCUGGCGCUGAGACACGGCUACUCGGCGGCAGCGGCAGGCCUCGCCUACGGGGCGGCCCGAGGACCCGAUGCGGCCCGCGGCUACAGCGCUCCGGGCCCGGGCGGCGACCUCCCUGCGGUUCCUACGCCGCGCGCCCCAGCUCCGGCGGCUGAGAGCAGCGGCGAACAGAGCGGCGACGAGGACGACGCCUUCGAGCAGCGGCGGCGGCGGCGCGGGCCUGGGGGCGCGGGGGACGCGCGGCGGCGGCCGCGGGAGCAACGGUCUCUGCGGCUCAGCAUCAACGCGCGCGAGCGGCGGCGCAUGCACGACCUGAACGACGCACUGGACGGGCUGCGGGCAGUCAUCCCCUACGCGCACAGCCCGUCGGUGCGCAAGCUCUCCAAGAUCGCCACGCUGCUGCUGGCCAAGAACUACAUCCUCAUGCAGGCGCAGGCCUUGGACGAGAUGCGGCGCCUGGUGGCCUUCCUCAACCGGGGCCAGGGCCUGGCGGCGCCCGUGGCCACCGCCGCGCCCCUCACGCCCUUCGGCCAGGCCUCUGUGUGCCCUUUCUCCUCGGGCGCGGCGCUGGGACCCUGCCCUGACAAGUGCGCCGCCUUCUCCGGAACGCCCUCGGCGCUUUGCAAACACUGUACCGAGAAGCCGUGACCCGGGUGCCGCGCUUCUCCCGCUCGCGUCCUCCGACUGCCUCUGCGACUGUCACCCGCCCGGACAGGAGAGGCCUGGAAGGACGCUGCAGGCGGGGAGGAGGCGGCAGGACCUGGCUUCCAGCCAGUGCGCCUCGAGCUGUUGGGUGCCGCGGGAAGCGCCAAGCCCGUCGGGGCGCGGAAUUGAGCCCGAGAGCCGGACGCUGGACUCGGCGACCGGGAACUCGCGGCGCCCACGGGGCAUUGUCGGGACCCGUCGAGUCUAGGAACCGGGGUGGGUGGAGCAUCCUUCGGGCACUGCCGCUCGCCCCCAAAAGAAGACCACCGCGGGGUCCCAGGGCGGCGGCGGGGACGGGCUCUGGUCAGAUUCCGGACAGGCGGUCGGAGGCGCACGGAGGGUGGGGACGGAGCAAAGCCGGACUUGGCCGGUCGAGAUCCUCGCAGUCCUCGCGCUGACGCUCCGGUCGGCCCUUCGGGCUAAACUGUGGGGCGGUGCUCUGCCCGGCGUGUUCCCGACCACGCGCGCGCCCGGCCGGCACCUCCCGCCUCGGUGGCUCCGAGACUCCGCACGAGCCGAUCCCACCAUGGCCAUUUGCACAGGGGCUGGACCGCGGGCACGGAGGACCCUGGGCGAAGAGCGCUCCGCCUUUUCCAUGUAGGAGUUUAUUCUAUUUAUUUUCUUACCUGCCUAGAAGCGAGGGAAGCGGUCGUCGCUGCCGGCUGCCUCGAAGUCUGCGGGAUUUGUCCCCUCGACGCCCCCUGGCCUCCCCUGCCACCGCCAUCCCCUGCCUGGAUGGUCCGCGCGGUGGAGUUGGAGGAAGGCCACUUUGCAGGGCCUCUGCUGAGGGGGCUGCGUGGAGGAGGGGUCCUCACAGCCCGCGCCCUACCUCACCCUGGGUGGCAGGGAAGGCCCCACCUAGCCCUGGUGUCCAGCAAAGCCUCCUCUCCACCGGUCCCCUCACGCUUCCGAGGGAGGAGGCCGGGCUACGGGUGAGUAAGCUGCCGGGGCCCCGCCGGGUGUGAACCGAGAUGCAGAGCGCAGCUCCGAGCUCUGCCACCGUCGGGGCCCAGCGAGCCGCCGCGCACAGCCGGGUAGGGCACACCGGGAACGCAGCUGUCCGCGCCGGUUAGCGCCCCGCGGCCCCGCUGCAGCAUCGGGCUUUAUUAACCCAAUUUCCUCGGCUGUCCGUAACGCCAAGGGGAGAGGCCGCCGCCUGCAAGCGCCGGUCCACAACAUUUGACUUUAAUGCGUUCCAGAAGGCCUGCGGGGCUUGCACGAUGAAGUGUGAGAUUAAGUCCUAUUCAUAAAGACACAGGCCUAGCACUGGCUUCUGCUAAUUUCCGUCUUUAUUUCUUCAUUGCCUCUUUUCCCCCUAACAGACUAGUUUGUCAGUUUUGCAAGUUGGGAAAGCUGAGUUUUUCAGAUCCCUUUUAGAUAAUUAAGAUAGGAAAGCUGGAAACUCAAAUGUCCUUCACUUGCAGGGUGAUCUUAAAUAAAUUACUUGCUUUCAGAA